GAGCUUCGCCUUCUUGCAAUUCCAUCGUCUCGUUCCCAUUCGAAAAGGAUAGCGGGAAGGGGAGGUCUUGCUCAGAAUUUCGCAGAUGGAGAACCCUAAGAUUCAAGAAGUCGUCGAGAAGCAGGUUCUGACGGUAGCUCAGGCGGUUGAGGACAAGAUCGAUGAGGAGAUCGCGGCCCUGGACCGACUCGAUGUCGACGAUCUGGAGGCGCUGAGGGAGCGGAGGUUGCAGCAGAUGAAGAAGAUGGCUGAGAAGCGGAGCCGAUGGACUUCUCUUGGACAUGGGGAAUACUCUGAGAUUCCUUCUGAGAAAGACUUCUUCUCCGUCGUUAAGGCCAGUGAGCGCGUCGUCUGCCAUUUCUACCGGGAAAACUGGCCCUGUAAGGUCAUGGACAAGCACUUAAAUAUUUUGGCAAAGCAACAUAUUGAGACUCGGUUUGUGAAAAUUAAUGCGGAGAAAAGUCCAUUCCUGGCUGAGAAGCUCAAGAUCAUUGUUCUUCCAACUCUUGCCCUCAUAAAGAAUGCCAAAGUGGAUGACUAUGUGGUGGGAUUUGAUCAACUUGGUAAUACUGAUGAGUUUAGCACGGAGGAACUGGAGGAAAGAUUGGCUAAAGCUCAAGUCAUCUUUUUCGAGGGUGAAUCAUCAGUUAAUCAUGCAAGGUCCAGUGCACAAACCAGAAGUGUUCGGCAGAGCAGUAGGGAAGACUCAUCAGAGUCAGAAUAACUUGCAUUUCCUGAUAAGUUCUUUACUUGAUUCUCCAGGAAGAUUAGCACUUCGGCUACACCUUCAAUAUAGUCUCAUCCACUUCCUGGCUGGGUGCCAGUGAAAAUUUGUCAUCAUGAUUCUAGAUAUUGUGCUUGAUUCGGAGAGGAUCAUGCUUGGGUGAGAUCAUCUGUUAUUUAUCACCGUAGAAGUAAAUUUUCGAGUUUUGAGAUUGACGAGUUUGCAAUUAUAGCUGGAAACCAGUAUCAGCGAGGUUUCUUGUUCUGUAUGGCCCGCUGAAGGUUAAAUGUAAAAUUUUCGAUGUUGAUUGUUGCGUCAUAUUUGCCAGUCUCACAUUUCUCUCCCUAUUAAUCCAUCGUGACUCUGUUGUAAUCUUUGGCUAUUUUGUUUGGCUUAUUAUAUAUAAUUUCAGAUGCUUCCCUCGA